UUGGUCUCCUUGACACGACACGCCACGCCAUGCACUCAACAGUGUUUGUUGUUGUUGUCUCAGUCUCUUUUGCACACCCAACCGUUCACCAGAUCUCACUCUGUUCCGUUCAAGAAGAAAAUGGCGGUGAUGGCGGUUCAUCAAUUCGCGCAAUGCAUCACUUGCCACGCUUGGAGCCCUGACCAAUCCAUGGUUGCUUUAUGCCCAAACAAUAAUGAAGUGCACAUCUAUAGGUUGGUUGAAGACAAAUGGGAAAAGGUGUAUGUUCUUCAAAAGCAUGACCAGGUAAUUUCUGGGAUAGACUGGAGUGCAAGAUCAAAUAGAAUAGUUACUGCAUCCCAUGAUCGGAAUUCAUAUGUUUGGAACCUUGAAGGAUCAGAAUGGGUGCCAACUCUUGUUAUCCUUAGACUAAACCGUGCUGCCCUUUGUGUUGAAUGGAGUCCAAAAGAAAACAAAUUUGCAGUGGGAAGUGGAGCCAAAACUGUUUGUAUAUGCUACUAUGAGCAGGAGAACAACUGGUGGGUCAGCAAACUUAUCAGGAAAAGACAUGAUUCUUCCGUGACAAGUGUUUCUUGGCAUCCUGAUAAUGUUAACCUGACUUUCUCACAUACAUACAUGCAUGCAUGCAUUCUUCUUGCUACAACAUCCACAGAUGGGAAAUGCCGAGUAUUCUCCACUUUUAUAAAAGGCGUUGAUGCAAAGGAUUCGAAAAAGGGUACUUCAUCAGAUUCAAAAUUUGGAGAGCUGAUUGUUCAGCUUGAUCUCUCAUCGUCUUGGACAUUCGGAGUCAAGUGGUCACCAAGUGGCAAUACUCUAGCGUAUGUAGGUCAUAAUUCUAUGAUAUAUUUUGUCGAUGAUGUUGGUCCUUCUCCUUUGGCCCAAAAUGUUGUGUUCCGUGAUUUGCCGCUCCAUGAUGUAUUAUUUGUCUCUGAGAGAAACGUGAUAGGUGUGGGAUUUGAUUGUAACCCAAUGGUUUUUGCCGCAGAUGAAAGGGGAAUUUGGAGUUUUGUCAGAUAUUUGGGAGAACGGAAAGCAGUAUCUUCUGGAUCAAGAUAUGGCUCACAGUUCUCUGAAGCAUUUGGAAAGUUUUAUGGCCAAUCAAAGCAUGGAGUGAGCAAUGAUGCAGUUGAAACUUCAAGAACUCGUGGAACUGUUCACGAAAACUGUAUAAAUUGUAUUAUGCCUCUUGGGGAUCAUGGCACAUUGGUAAGGCGUUUCAGUACAUCAGGAUUGGAUGGAAGAAUUGUUGUAUGGGAUUUGGAAAACGAGCAAGACCUGUUGGAAUUAUAAGGUCAUCAGUAAAUUGUCACAUCUUCGUGGUAAAGUGUCUGAAGCUGAUUGUCUCAUGCAGCAUUAUACCUUGUAAACUAAUUUGGUUAUGAGGGAUUGAAGUGAUCUCUAAUCAUUAUAAUCAAGGCUUGAAAGUGUCAGAUAUCAUCAGCCCCUAGAUUUAUAAACUGUAACUAGAUGUUAACGUAUUCUCCUUUUCUAUAUUUUUGGUGGUUGUUUUCCAUGCAAUGACUCUCGGGAAAACAUAUAUACUAGUAACCAAUAAUAUUCGGGUGAUGCUAGGUGCAUCAGCUCUAUUGCUUGUGCACACAAUAUUUUUUGUUAAUUCCAAAAUUAUCCUACGUUGAAGAUACGCGAGUUUGUGGUUGAUCCGUAUGGUUUGUACAGAUGAACUUGAUACGAAAGUAUAAUUUAAACAUACGGAUUAACUUGAUUCAUAUGAGUCAUACGACAACAUUCUCCAUCAGCACCAUGCUUUGAUCACCUAGAACUGAAGCCACUACCACUCAAACUAGGAAGUUCUGAUAGCACUGCUAA